CAUCGGGGUACACACUGGGCGAAGUUCGCGAUCGAGAGGUGGCCGCGAUGACUGUGACAGGAGUGCGCAUCCCGUCGUGGGACUCCCGACUGGAGCUUCGUCACCAGCAACGGUACACAGUCUUCAUGAUGUCCGUCGAAUCCACCGACUCGACAUGGAACCUUUGCAAACGGUACAGUGAAUUCCGCGCGCUGCACAAGGCGCUGUGCCCGCGGUUUGCCGCCGUGCGGAGUCUGCCAUUUCCUCCCAAGCGUCUCUUUUCGUCCUUGUCGCUUCGCGUGAUUGAGCAGCGCCGUCUUGGCUUUGAAACCUACAUGCAAGCUCUCUUGGCAUUGCGCCCUCGUCCACCAGAGCUCGAAACGUUUUUGUCUCCUCGAUCUGCCAACCCCGACGAAUCCAUGAACGAUGACUUGGAAGACCGCAUGACCGCGACGUCGCACAGUCCUCCCGUUGAGACGGACCUGUUCGCGUCGUCACGGGAGCCGUUCGAUGUCGAGCACAAAUGGUCCAUGGACGACUUUGAAGUCCUCAAGGUGCUCGGGAAAGGAUCGUUUGGCAAAGUGUACUUGGUCUGUCGAAAGCAGUCGCCGUCUGCAUUGUACGCCAUGAAGGUACUCAAGAAGCGCGAGCUGAUCCAGCGCCACCAAGUCGACCACACCAUGACCGAGCGCGACGUGAUGACCGUUCUCGACCAUCCAUUCGUGGUGACCCUCCGUGUCGCAUUCCAGACCCGCGAGCGGCUCUUCAUGGUGUCCGACUUUUGCAUUGGAGGUGAAAUUUUCUUCCACCUCAAGAAGUUUCGUGCGUUCAGCGAGACCAUGGUUCGCUUCUACGCGGCCGAGCUCGUCGCGGCUCUCGGCCAUUUGCACUCCAAGGGCAUCGUGUACAGGGACCUCAAGCCAGAAAACGUCUUGCUCGAUGCGGACGGCCACGUGCGCAUCACGGACUUUGGACUGGCGAAGAGCCGGGUGAGCGCUCUGGACGGCGCCCGCACGUUCUGCGGGACACCCGAGUACCUGGCGCCGGAGAUGCUGAUCGCUCGCAAGAAGAAAGCAACUUACGGAUUUGCCGUCGACUGGUGGAGCCUUGGCACUCUCUUGUUUGAGAUGCUCACGGGAUGGCCGCCAUUCUUCGACAAGGACGUCCAGCGCAUGUGCGACAACAUACUGCAUCAACCGCUCACGUUUCCCGCGCGAUUCGGAUUGUCUUCUGCGACCAAAUCGCUUCUCCGUGGGCUCCUCGAACGGGACCCGACGACGCGGCUGACAGAAGAAAGUCUCCGGCAGCACCCGUUCUUCGCCGGCCUCAACUGGACCGCCCUCGUCGCUAAACAGAUCAAACCUCCAUUCAAACCUCGCGUAAACUCGCCGACGGACCUCCAAAAUUUUGACAAUGAGUUUACGCGAACCAGCGUCGGCACCCUCACCGACAACGACACGGUCGGCGGCGAUGACGACGACGAUGUCGACGAUUUUCAAGGAUUCUCCUUUACCAUCCCCACCACCACCGCAAAUGGUUCCCAUCCCCUUCCAGCGCGUAAGCACCCGACGAACGGCGCCCGCCUCCAAAGAGGCCACUCGAUGUCGUGAUAUUUAUGCCCGAAUAAUCGAGUGUCGUUCGAUUGUCGGUGGCCAA